AUGACGAGCCUAGUGCCUCGUGAGGCUUACUCCCAGGAUGAGCUUGAUCAGCUCUAUCCUAAGGACCUGAAGCUCGAAUUGGUCCAGGUGUUUCUUCGUCAUGGUGAACGGACGCCUGUCUCAGCGCGGUUUCAGAAUACAGGCCUUGCAGCAUACUGGCCAUACUGCAAUGUAGCGCGCCGGAUGAUCCAAAUGGCAACCAGCAGCCAAGACAUGUCGACAUGGGACUCAUUCGCAUGGAGAAGGAAGAUGGAGACCUUUGGCGGUAGAGACGAAGCUGUGGUUGCGCAGGGAGCACAGGGUGAAAUCGAGGGUAUCUGCCAACCCGGCGAGUUAACAGACAAGGGCCGAGAGACGACAUUCGCGCUGGGCCAACGACUGCGACGUCUUUACGUGGACCAGCUGGGUUUCAUGCCCGAGGUGAAAUCGGAUGCCGAGGAUAUGUAUCUGCGGACUACCCCCCUCCCUCGAGCCCUCGAGUCGCUCCAACAGGCCUUCUUUGGCAUGUAUCCGCGCAACGCACGAACCCUCGACUUCCCUCCCCCGGUGAUCGUGGCACGCUCUAUUUCCGAGGAGACACUGCUCCCGAACGAAGGCAACUGUCGGCGCUUCAGACAACUUGCGCGCCUUUUUGCAGACCGCGCAGCGAAGCGAUGGAAUGACACCGACGAGAUGGCCUACCUCAACACCCUUUGGUCAAAAUGGAUGCCUGCCAACUCUCCCACCAUCGCUGUCGACGCCCACCCACGCCUCUCCGGCAUCAACGACACAAUUAACGCAACAUACGCCCACGGCCCCGCCACAAAACUCCCCCGCGAAUUCUACGACGCCAAAGCCCGCGCAAUCACCGACAAAAUCGCCAGCGAUGAAUGGUACUCCGGAUACCAGGAGAGCAAUGAGUACCGCCGUCUCGGUAUCGGAGGACUUAUGGGCGACGUUGUCGAUCGGAUGGUUAGUACCGCCGUGGAUGGAGGCUGGCGGAGCGAGACUUCUCCUUCAGGCUCUGCGGAGAACGGGAAAGCGAUCAAGUUUGCUAUGAGCGGAUGCCAUGAUACCACCCUUGCCGCUAUCCUGGGUAGUCUGGAUGCUUUCGACGGAAGAUGGCCACCAUUUACAUCUUCUGUGGCCAUUGAGCUCUUCACAAAGACCGAAACUGAGCCUCAAUCCCAGAACAACGAGGAUGCACAAUUGCCCAAGAAAACAUCCAGUUUCUUUUCCGGUCUGCUAGAUGGUUCCUCUACAUCAACGUCCUCCCUCGCUAAACCAUCCACCUUAUCUCGUAACCCUCUCUCUGUCCUCCCAGACUCCGCUAGGAGAUCCAUGCAAGAAAAGCACUACGUGCGAGUCAGAUACAAUGACCGUCCCAUGCGUAUUCCCGGAUGCGCUGCGAAGCCAGAGAACCAUCUCCCCGGUAACGAUACAUUCUGUACAUUGGAUGCAUUCAAGGAUAUGGUUGAUAAGUUCACGCCACAGAACUGGAUGGUCGAGUGUACAGAGAAUUUGGGGGAGGGGCUGUAUGGAAAGGAUGAUGUGGAGAGGGUGAAGCGGUUUGCUUAG